AUGGUUUACAAUGUUUAGGAUAAGGUUUUAUGUGUUUAUCAUCUUUAAACUUAUGAGUUUAUCAAAGAUAACAAUGAUAAAUCAAAAGAUAAAUUGAAAAUUCUAAUACAUCAAAAUUUAGGAAAAGGAAAAAAAAUGGUUUUCUUAAUUGCAUAAGAAAUGGAUAGAAGAAGUAUUAAAACUUUGAUAUGUCCUGAUAGAUGUCUAAUCAUUAAGAAGUGUACUUGCUGAUAUUGCAUAACGUAGAAAUGUUAAAUUAGAUUGGAAUUAUCUGGAAAAGCAAACGUAAAUAAAAAUACUUUAAGAUAUACCAAUACCUUAACCUUUUACUUGUGUAAUAUCUUAUGAAAUAAUGAAUGAACCUAUUUUAUUUAACACAGGUUAAACUUAUGAAAAAAAUGGCAUUUUUUAGUAAUUUACUUCAAAUGGUGGUGCUGAUCCUAUUACAAGAGAGCAAAUUAUUCCUUAAACUGCUAGACUAAAUCUUUAACUACUGUAAGGAAUAAAUGAAUUAAAAAAGAAAUAUGAAUGGAUUGGUAUAGAAUAAGAGGUAGAUUAUAAAGCAAUCAAAUUUGAACGAUUAAAUUUAAUUUUCUAUUUCAAAUCAUGA